UUUCAGUUGUGAUCUAGACGUUAAGGCUUAAACCAGCAUAUCACUCGUCGCUUUAGUCGUGGAUAGUAUGCACAGAUCGACUCCAGAGUGGAAACUGGUCAAAAUUGUAUAAAAAAAUAAUAUUUCAUAUAUAUCGUUUAGUGGUAUGCCUACGGGUUAACUGACUUUGCACGUACAACAGGUUGCUGGAUUGCAUGCACUGAGUUUUAUUAAUUGGGCCACAUAAUGUAUCACUCUGGAGAGAGCCUCUCCAUUUGAUUACUUUAAUUCUACAGCGUAUUUAUAUAAAAACUUAGAUUAUUAAAAUCAAGCUUUACAAAGAUUUCAUCGUGAAGUAGCUAAAAGACUGGAUAUUCGGUGCUCGGAUUUUUAUUUGAAUGAAUGCAAAAUGAUAGGAGGACGCAAGGUUAUGCUUCUUGUAAAGAACUGGCAGCUGGCCUCGGAGGUGGAUCACUCCGCCAAAGAAUGGGAUGCCAGCCAAGAUGGUGAUCUUACAGCUUCACCUUUCUGGAAGAGCACCAAGCGACCAACAUUCAGAAAGCUUUCUCAGUAUGUCUUUCUACCCAAAGGAGCAGGCAGAGAGAGAUCUCAAUACUUCACGAUUGGUGAGAUACUGUUAAAGCUUGACUUCUGUUCAGCCCUCCAUCAACUCAGUAGAUUCCAGUAUGUUUGCAGGUUUGUGGAAUUAGUCAUCCAGAACCACUAUUCAUCCCUCAGCGGAUCGGCUAUGAAAUCUCUCUUUGGCAUUGUAGAAGAAGCCGUCAAUGUUGCCAUUGAGACCAAGUACAAUGUCAACCAGGUCAGGUCUAUCAUCAAAACCCUCAUCAAAGCUCUCCAGAUCAACACAAAGAGUUACAUCGGCGGCAAGGCUGGUUGGAACUGCCACUACCAUAUCGCCCAUGUCUGGCUGAAUCAGCUUAAUAAUGUCCAGUAUGAAGAGAGACAAGAUGACGGCAAGCCAGUCCUGACCGAUCUCCCCAACGAGUGCUUGAGGCAGAUCUUCAGGACGAUGCAAGACCAUUGUGACAUCACACACACAGGGGAAGCCAAUAAGCUCCUGCACGGGUUUUCCAAUGAAUGGAACCUAUGGAGAGACUUCUGCAGAUUCCACUUUUCAGAGGCGCAUUUGGCAGCAGCCGUCCCGAAGAACAAACCGGACUACGAGAUCGACUGGAAGAAGAUUUACAAGAAACUGAGGACGAGGCAUGGCUUGAACGAAGUGUUCGCCGAUCAGCUUCAGCUCUGCUGCCACUGCUAUUGCCUAUUUUGGGGGGGCGGGUCUCAUCCCUGCUCUAUCGACAUUCCCCUGGAGAGGGGGGAGAGGGCGCCAGAGCAUCGGAUGGCACGCAGCCGAGGGAUCUCCCCCAGACAGCUCUCGGAUAUGUUUCCCCUGCCGAGGUAGAGCAUAGGCGGUGGCUCGUCAACAUGCACCUUGUCCAUCAUGCUUUAACCUGUUGGAGACUUAAUGGUUUUGCUAUAACUCGUCAUUUCCAUAGACUCCAACCCCGAAAUAUACAGGCUCAUUCUCCUAUGGGGUAAUACAAGAAGAGAGAGAUGCAACCAUUUUAAUCUUGCCAGUCCCUUGGAUAGGAUGUUAAAUCAAUAAAACUGAGAAGAGACUCACUACAACGCAUGUUUCCAUGCUAAGAACCAGCUGCAAUUUUUGUGCUAGAGGAGGAAACUCUGCUGAAAUGUUUUACCUGCACCUUCAUAACCGGGAGGGGGUUGCACGAAGCAGGAAAUGAUUUUCACUGACAAAAAUUAUUCUCACUCAAUCACAGACUAUUUGUUUUAUGAAAUGGUCCCCAGGAGAGAACUGAGGGCUUUCAUGAAAGUUGUCAGCAACAACAAGUUGUCAUUUUCCGAUGGCGCUGGCUACCACAGAAAUGGUCAAUUACACCAGUUUCUCUGGCAAUAAAAUAUACAAAGAAUAUAAAAUUAGAUAUGAAAACUUGUCAACAAAUGUUUAUGAAACACCACUGGAGUUUUCAUGGGGUCAGACUUUGUACAAAUGCACUGUAACUUUUGCAGCUAAACUUAUUGGUAACGUGUUUCACAAUUUGCUCAUUACUAGAAUAGAUAUCACAUUUGACACUCGAAGAGCAGUAGCAUUGAAAAACGAGACAAAUUGAGGAAUAAUACAUUCAAAGUUCACAAACAAAAUAAAAUGACCUUCAAAUUCUUGAACACACCCUUUAUUAGCAGUAGCAGGAUUUAUCCUUUUUACUAUCCCUUAGCCACAAAUAAUGCUGAUAUACUUUAAAUAAUGAAGCAAUAACUUAAAAAGGGACUUAAAAAAAGGGAAGAUGAACUUGGCGCAAGCCUUGAACAAAUGGAAUACAAUACUUAUUGUUUUGUUGCUUUGAUAUAAGUAAGUCUUUACCAAGAAACAAAAAGGGGAAAAAAACUUAAGGUGACAGGUGGGUCUGUCAAGGUGGUUGUCCAUAAAAAUAACUUUUCAAACAGCUAUUGCAAAAUUGCAUGGAUUUGCUGAAUCUGAUAAAUACAGGGCAUGUACAUGUAUGCAUGCCCCUUUGUUCUUCACAAUCUCUUGCUGCAUUUUUUUUUUCUUAUUUAGAGCUUUUGUCUUGUAACAUUUUACUUUGUCAUAAUACAUUUGACCCUGUAAAACAAACAUAAUUAUCUAGUGUAACAUUUGUAAAUAAGAGUUUUGUAUAUCUGCACAUAUUUAAUACAAGAGAUGUAUAUAGGUAUCCAUUUUAAUGCUGAAAGGUGUGUGACACUGCAUGUUAUUAUCGUUGUGGGUUUAGCAAUAGGCAGUAGAAUUUCAUACAACUUUGUGAAAGAAUGUUACAUGUACAUAUCAGAUGUAUAUCCAUGAAAAUGUGAUGUUUGUUACAACUGAGAAAAUGGAUUGUUGAAAUGAUUUAUCAAUCAUAAUUCAAAUUCAUACUGAUAAGCUUUGAAAAUGUACAUUUAUCAACUAUAAAAAGUUUAAAUAUCAAUUUCAUAUCAAAAUCAUAUUAAGUACUUAUUUCUUCAGUGCGAAAUUUCCAGCUUGGACAAUCAUUCAUAUAAGCUGAACAGUAGAGUAAAUAGCAAAGCAAACAUGACAGGAAGUCUCAUGUGCCUAUUUUUGUGUAUAAUAAUAUUUUACUUGUUAUAACUAGGAAGUAUCUGAUCACUUCAAUAAUAGUUUCUUUCACUCUGCGACGAGUUGGGUCUCAGAAGUCAUGUCUGAAUGUCUGUGUAUGUAUACAUAAUACAGAGUCCAGUACACGAUCUACUGUAUAACUCUAAGAGGACAGGGCUACUCUGGAGGUAUUGGGUAAUGAGUGCCAAAAUGCCCCCCCCCCAAGCUUCCUACGAAUCUUGUUUAAAUUAUUUCCGAGAAUAACAAUCUUUCAUGUAAUAUGAAUUAAUUUUGUAACUUUCACAUGGAACAAUACUGACCAUCCAAUUUCACUUUUUUCAGUUUUUAAUCAUUUGGAUCAUAAAGCUCAGGGGCCGAUUGCACGAAAGGGUCUUUCCAAGGACCAUCUUUCGUGUCGCCCAUCUUUUAUGAUACGCUAUA